GUCGUUGGUAGCUGAUGAUCAAUAUAAUUACUAUGAUAAACCUCGUUUGUUGGAGAAUACAAAACAUAAACUGAAUGUACAUAACAAUCAAGAACAAGAAAGUGCUGGAAAGUCAACCAAUUUUAAAUCGGUACAAACAGCAUUUAGUUCAAUAGAUUUAAAACCAGAGAAUUGUUUUCAGUGCUGUAGAACAAGCAAAACUAAAUCUAAUGAAAUAGUAAAUAAAAAUGUAAUAGAAACUUCAAUACAAGAGGAGGUUUUAGAAUGGUUUCAAGAUUAUUUUACAAGUAAUACAAAAGCAGAUGCAUGGAAAGAGAAAUUAAAAAGGUUAGCAGAAAAAUUGUCAUUUCCUGGCGGUGAAGAAAAGCUUAGAAAAAAGAUAAGAAAAUACUUAAACAGCCACAUCUCAGAAUGUAAUAAUAUCAGAAAAGAAUUUAGAGAAAUAUUACCCGAUGAUAUAAUAAAACAGUUAAGAAAGCUGUGCUGUAAAGCACAAAAAGGGAAACAGGCUGCUACUGUAAGAAUACUUCGCAUUGAAGUGCCAAAAUGUUAUAACCAUAUAGAAGAAAGUCGAUUGAGAGCAGUUAUAGAGAAUUGGUUUGAGAGUAUACCUAUUAAGAAAACAGAUACCUCUGGAAAAGUUAUUAAAAGAGAAGAUAUAUUAGACACAAUAAUAUCUAAAUUAGACUUUAUCGUUCAAGAUACAGCCAAAUCUGAAUACUUAUAUAACAAUAAACUUAAAUGUCAUGUAUUAGAAAUGCUAUAUGAUUUACCAGUUACAUUAGACACAAAUAAUAAAGCUGCUGAUUUGAAUAAAAUAGCCAAAUCGUUAGUAGAAGCUAUUAUAAAUAUAAACGAUAAUGAAAUAUUAAAUGGUAUACACGAUGGAAAUCACGAGGAAUCUUGCAAGUUUACUAGGAAAUUGGUUAAAGUAGGGAAUAAACAUGAAACAAUUGAUAAAGAUUGCGCUAUUUUAGCAACUAAAGAGAUUACUAAAUUAUUAGAAAAUUGUAACUUAAAUUUUAAUGCUGAAGAAAUACAGUAUAUUGUAAAAGAAAUACUUAAAAUUUUACAGAAUACAACGAAUUCAAAGUUUUAUAAUACUAAUAUUAAAGAGAAAAUUCAAGAUAUAUUACAAGGUAUAGGUAACUUGCCAGUUUAUCUGGCAAUGCAAGUUGCAGACAAAUUAUUAAUAAAGUUAAACGAUUUUCUUUCUAACGAAAAUAUAUGUACUACAUCUACUAAUAUUUGCAAAUCAGCUACAAAUUUGGACUAUCAUAGUACAUCCCAAAAUGUCCUAAAUUCUGGUAAAAGUGUUAGGUUAAUUAAUAGUAAGGAAAAGUUUGAUAACGAAUUUUUUGUAGUGAUGUACAAAUUCAGAAUUAUGGCAGAAAUAAACGAAUGGCUAAUGAAAAAUAUUAAUUCACCAAUAUUAUCCAACCAAAAUGUUCGUAACAAAGUAAUUGAAGAUUUCGCAGAUGACAUCAUUGAUAGAAAAAAAUACUUAGAUUUAAUACAAAUAAAUAAUGGUAUGGAAGAUGAAUUGCAGCAACUCAAAUAUCAGAUAUUUAAAUGGAUUAAUAAAUUUGUUGGAGAAGAUAAUAUUGAACCUUUAGAAUAUGCUUCUGAACUUUUGGAGCGAAUAAAUAGUCAAUCCAUAACGAAAUUUCAUACAUUACCAAUACUAAACACACGUCAAAACUACCAAGCAACAGGUAACGUACAAAAUUUAGAAAAGGCGUCACAGUAUAUGAUAAAACUAACUGAUGUAAUAUCUGUUUGGUUUCAUAAUUUACCGAAUGAUCUCCACUUCUCUCAAAAUAAAAAUAUGAGAAAUAUUUUGAUUAAUGAUUUAGUGAAAGUUAUUGAUAAACUAUUAAAAGCAAAAGGGAUAUCUGAUGAAAUAAUUGACAAUGAAGUUACUGCUUGGAUAAAUAAAUCAUUGCGAGGACUCCCAACAAGACCAGUAAUAGAAAAUUUAAAAGAGCAAAUAAGAAUUAUUUUAAAGGAAGAAAAAAUGUUAGAUUGUCGAAAAGAAAGUAUUUCUAUCCGAAAAUAUGAAGAUAUAAUCGAUGAAUGGAUGAAUAAUAUAUCAGUAGAGCCACGAAAUGGAGUUUUAUAUAUUGACAGAAGAAAUGAAUGUGUACAUGAUUUAGCUGUCAAACUUUAUAAACGGAAAUUCAGAUAUGCACAAACACCAGAAGACAUAAUCACUAAUGAAUUGCAAGAUGUCAUUUCAAAUUGGCUCCAGAAAUUUCCAUUGAUUUUAGAUAAAGAUAAAAUCACAGAUCAAUAUACAGCAACAUUUGUCAAGCGGAUUCUGGAUAGUAAUGUUGACGAAUCUAUAAAAGUUAUAGAAGAUCUAUCUUAUAUUGAGGCUAGACAAUCAGAAAUCGAUUACAAUAUAGUUACUGAUUUAACAGGUGAUGAAUUAUUAGAAAGAAAUAUCAGAUGCUGGAUUGAAAAAUUACAAAUAGACAAGGAAGUUAAUAAUAUUAGUUGUCAAAACACGUUUAUUUCAAAUUUGAAGCAACUUCACAGAACUGGUGAAGAUGAGGAAAAGUUGAGAAAUGAGAUCGGUGAUUUUCUUAACAUGUUUACGUUAUCUAGUGAUAGUUUUGUGAAUCAACAAAAGAAACUCUUGGAAAUUCUCAGAGUUACACCGAAAGAGUACGUGCAAAAAAAAUCUGGACAAAACAUUAAUAUUAUUUACGAUGCCAUUGAAGUCUGGAGUAAGAAUUUGCCCUUGCGGUUUGAACAUAGCCACAGAGAUUUAAAUUUCUUAAUAAAACAAAUGGCUACACGCCUCACAAAAUUAAUAACAUAUCCAAAUCUCAAUUUAUGGGAUGAAAAUAAAAUUAAAUGUGAAAUUAUGGAAUAUUUACAAAAGUUUCCUUUACGGCUUGAUGCUAAUAAUAAGAAUCUCUUUAAAUAUGUUUUGGAUCUAUGGGAGAUUUUAAAGAAUAUUGAAUUUUAUAUGCGUAAUAGUAAUAAUAUGCCUAGUUUGGCGAACACAGGAAACGAUAAAAUAAGUAAACCAAUAAAUUUGAAUGGAAUUGAAAAUUUAAUAAAUUUUAAUAAUAAUCCAGUAAUAUAUGCUAGUUUGAGCAAUAUAAAACAGAAACCAAUCAAUAAAAAUAAAUCAGAUAAUCAAAUGUCAACUAGCAAAAUGCCUAUAUUUGGCCCAUCUGGAUCAGGAGGCAGCCUGAAAGAAUCACGAAAAAGAAAAUCAGAUAGAAAACUAAGUAGUCCAGCUGAAUUAGGUGUUACUAAUUCAUCACAAAGUGUUGAUAAUUUUUGUCCAGAUACUGCAGGUAUUGAGCAUCUACCUCAAGGUAUGACAGUAAAAGAAGUAUAUGAAUAUUUUAGCAAAAUUUUUAAUAACAGAUGUCAAGAAAUACCUGUCGAAGCUUCAACGCCAGAACAAAAUACAUUAGCACAAUUAGCGAAAAAAAGUAUAUAUAACGGAAUCUGGAAAACAUUCUUUAAAUUAAAAUCGGAUUCUGAAAUUGAAAACGAUUAUUCAUAUUUUGAGUUAUUAUUUGAAGAACAACUUGACAAGAUGUUGGACUGUUUACCACAAACAUUGGAAAUGCAAAAGAAUAGACAAUCUUGGAAAGGCAAAGUUUUAGUUGAAAUUAUUAACAUGUUAAAGUAUAUACAUAGUAUUACUGAUAGACCAUCGUUUAGAGAGAAAAUUUCAGAAAAAAUUAAUAGACAAUUUAUUGCACAAUACUAUUUAGAGGGCUCCGACAUACUACAGCAUUAUUUUGUUACGAAAACUGCUGACGACUACAUUCUUUAUACAAAAUAUAAAGAAGAAAACCCUGUAAAAUCGAACGUGUAUAGACAACGUUUAAUGAAAAGGUUAGAAGAAUUGGUAGAGGAGAUUAAGAUAAAAUAUAAUAUACAAUUUAGAUAUUUAAAUCAAGCACAACUGUGCCGAAUUGCUUUUGGAGUUUUAAAAAGUGUAGAUCCACCUAACGAUGAAACUUUAACAGAAGAAGCAAAUGAAAUAUUACUAGACGAAGAAGUUGAAGAUUGGUGCAACGCAUUACCACUUAAACCAGUAUUUAAUGAAGCGGAGGGAAUAUUGAGGUGCAGAAUGAGAGAACUAUUAAGUAAAAAACUCUAUCAAAUGGAAAAAGAAAUGGAUCCAGAAGAUUUAUCUUAUGAAAGAAAUAUGAAACAUGAAGUAUCUAAGUUUCUAGAAAAGUAUGCAGCUUUGGAUCAUAAUGAAGAUUUAAAUAUAAAUUUCAUGGUCGAAGAACUUGCAAAUAGACUAAGAAAUAAAAGACAAGAGAAAUAUUUAGGCUAUGAGUCAUUUGAAAAAGACAAACCAGUGAGCUCUACUUUUAUUCAAACUGAUAUAAUUGAACCUUUGGCUGUACUAGUUGACAUUGAACCUAAAUAUGACCUGACCGACCAAAACCUCCAAAUGGUUACUCAAAACACAAGAGAAGCUCAGGAUAUUCCAGGUACUAUACAAGAAAUUCCUUCACAAAACCGCCGCCUAGGACUAUUAGGGACAAGUCAAAUAGCUGGACCAAGCAAACGGUCUUCACUUCUAAAUAACAAAGAAGCAAAUUCUCAUAGUCUAUCAAAUUCAUUUAAUAUGAGUGAGUUCGAAUCAACAGAACAACCAUAUUCAAGAAUUAGAAAUCAUGUUAACCGUAGUUGCUAUUUAAGACAAGAAAUCGAUCAGUCUGACUCAUGGAAAAAUAAAUUGAACUUUCAAAGAGUUCCAAAGGUUGGUGUAACACAAUCUUACGCUCAAAGACUUGGUGAAAAUGACAUCCAUAUGUCCUACACCCCAGAAGUUCUUAGUACAGGAUUUGCAAGAACACAAUCUCCAAGUGGCAGAACAGCAUCUACUGCGAGAAUUGCUAAUCAGGCAUCGCCUCAACAUGAUUUAAAGUAUGGAGAUGAGCAAGAACAAGAGUCAGAUGCAGAUGAAGUGAGAAUUAAAUGCAGAUGUAUGGAACGUAAAUGGAAAUGUAGCAGAAGAUUUCCUUGUAGACCUAUUUCUGAGUGCGGACAACCUUGCUAUCCCGUGCCUCCUUGCAGAUAUUUCUAUUAAAUCAUUGUUUGUUAGUACUGCUUUUGUGUAAAAUUGUGCAUUGCUUGUUAA